AUGACCCAUGCUUCAUUUUCUGAGGAGAACAACCGAGCACUAAGCAUUCUAGGCACGAGCAUCAUAGAAACAUUUGUGUCCUUUAGGUAUCUUCUAAAUGAUAUGGAUAUUUAUUCAAAAACUCUGAAUCGUGUGAUAGCAGAGGCAUGUAAUGUGGAGUCCUCAUGUCCUGUGGAUGGGAUGAGGUUGGGAUUGCACAAAAUAGUCAGAGUCUCUCACAAUACCAACUGUACCACUCCUGCCAUAGUCUGUGGUGCUUUCCGUGCAAUAUUUUCUGUUGUUGCUCUCGACUCUGGAAAGUCAGAUGAUGCUUCAAAAGUGUCCUGGAAUGUCCAUACUCGUACAGUCUGUCUCCAGGUUGGUGGUGAACCAGGAAACAGGCCAUUCACCAUUAGAAAAGUACAAUACAGCAUUACAGCUCAAUGUUGCAAGCUUGCCGAACUUAAUUCCUUUAAGCUGAACAAGUCUAGUAGUGACUAA